AUGGUGGCGAGGUGCUGCGGCUGCCGCCGGGCCCUGGCGGUGGUGCCUCCCGGCGCGCUGUGCCUGGGCGCGGCGCUCAGCGGGCUCUUCAGCUUCGCCUUCUUGGCCGCGGCCCUGGGCACCGAUUACUGGUACCUGGUGAGCGUGGACUCGGCCAACAGCAGCGCUUGGGACGCCGAGCAGCUGAGUUCCCACUCCGGACUCUGGCGCCUCUGCGAAGGUAGGGCUGCGCCGCGCGCGCCUUCUUUCCUCGGGUUCGCGACGGGAGCAGCCCGCGCUUCCCUUGCCACUGGGAUCCGGAGAGGAGGGUGCUUUUUCUGGGAUCCAAAGCGGAUCGCGUCGGGGGUCGAGCGCCCCCACCCCCCAAUAAAAAACCGAGCUUAGGCUUGGAUCUGCCGGUUUCAGUAGUCGUGAAAAACUUUCUGCUAACAGAGGAAUCGCCGUCGGGUCACAAGAUGAAUCGCUUGGUGGUGAGUUGUUGUGGCAGCCGGCAUUCCUCUGCCCUACUCAAGUCUCUGCGUCCUGGGGACGUCUUGAUUCUGCUUCACCCUUUUGGAAGAUAGGACGCUGCAUUACUAGUCCGUCUAGGUCAGUAUUGCCAACUCUGGCCGGCAGCAGCUCUCGAGGUUUUCUCACGGAAUUCUCUCACCGUCGUCCCUGGAGAUGCCGUGGAUUGAUCCUGGGACCAUCUGCAUGCAAAGCAGGUGCUCUGGCUGCCCUUUCCCCAAGCCCCUGCUCUCUUACCCACCUGGGCUAUCCCGACGCUCACCUGCAACUAGCUGUCCUCCCUGGUUUGUGUAUACAUUUGGGGGUGGGGAUCCCAGUGCCUUAUAAUCGCAGGAUCCUGGUUAAGGCGAACUGGAAUUGUUCCAUCCCUUUUUGCUGGCAAUCGAAGAAUUUCAGCCAUCCCGGUGGUUCUUUAACCUCCACGGAUUUCCACGCAUUUAUAACUUUCUGUGCUGGGGCCGAGGGGUGAGGGUGGGGGGAAGAGAUGAAAAAAGGAAAGAACUGGAUUGCAGCCAAGAAUCCGCCCUCCUGGAGAGAAAGGAGGGCUGGGGUAUCAGAGAGGAGGAAAGGGGAGGGGGAAGCGGAGGCAGCGCUUUCUUCAGCUCUCUGUUCAGAAGAGAGACCCGAUUGAACUUCCAUCAAAGAUACGAAAUGUCAGAGGGACGCAUCGAAUGUUCGCUUUCACACUCUGGCGCCCAUCAGGAGUUCUGACACCCCUGGGUGUUGCACCUCUGGGCUCAUGUGGAUAUGCCCCCUGCUAAAUAAAUCACAGCCGGGGGCGGGCGGAGAGGAGCCUGCUCUCAUCUGAGCUGUGCUCUCUCGGAGGUCGCUCCCACGCCACCUGUUUAUCGAACAGCCAUCCUGAUUUGUUUUGCGGGAGUCCUUGAAUCAAGCCGUUGUUAUUCCACAUUUUCCAGCGCAUGGACGUAGCCGGGGGGCGGGGCAGCUGCCCUCCCCCAAAUCAAGUAAAUAAAACUAAAUGACCAACUGCGUCGCUGUAACUUGGUUCUUGCCCCCCCCCAACAUAAAGCCCUCCACCAAUAAAUCCUGGCUACUCCCAUCUUCCAGUGUGUCCUACUCUCCCACCCCACACUUUCCUUGUCGCAAAAGGUCAAUUUUGCAGGAACUAUAGUUCGUUAAUGGGGCUGGGAAUUGUGGCUUCGUAGGGGGAAUGUAAAGUUUCUGGGAUUCUUGCGAAGGUGUGUGUGUGUGUGUGUGCCAUGUGCUUUAAAUGUAUGGUGUUGAUUUGCCCUAAAAUUGCACAGGCUGAAUUGGUUGGCGUGUGAUUUGAAUCCGACCCACAAAUAGCAACAGUUCAGAAGUACAAUUGCAACCAUACAGCUGAGGUUGAAAUUUUCCUCUCUGUCAGGUUCAGUUGCUGUCAUUCUCAAGCUGUUUGGUUCUGGGAUUUUGGAACCUUUUGGGUCAGCGGAAUUUUCUGCUGUGCAUGAACACCAGUUUGCCCUAUUGGGAGGAAAGGGAAGGUUCAAAGUCCUCCAGGCCUUUAGAGCGAGGGCUCCCAAACAAUGGUCCGUUAGAUUCAUUCAGGUGGUCCAUUCAUACUGGUCUUUGACUGCAUAUUUCUUGCCUCUUUUUCUUAUACUGUAGGCAUUUUAUUGUAUUGCAACCUGAACUCGUAGACAUAGAAGAAGCAAUAUUUUUUAAAAAACAAUUAAAAUUAAAAACCAUACAGCACAACACAUUGCAAUUACUUAAACAGGCAGAAAAAUAAUUAUGUGCUGUGUGAAGACCAUCAGAAUUUUUCCAAGUUGCUAGUUCCACCCCACACCUGAAGAGUGCACUUCCUAGCCCAAUGGAGGUUCUUACCCCUCCAUUGCCAAAAAGUGAUAAUUCAGGUACCUUGGAUGGAUACAAAUCAGAGAGGGGAAUGAAGGAGCUGCUGCGGCAGCAGCAAUGUCAUAGGGAGAAAUGAGUGUGAGGCAGGUCAGCCAGCUGCUUUGAUUUGCUCACCCAGUGGAGACUGGUCCUUUAGGGCAAAUGGAGCCCUGCCCCACCAACUUCCCCCAGACAGCGCCACACCUGCCUUGGCUUUUUUACUUACAGGCAGUCCAGGGGAUGGUACUGGCUUUCAGCUUCCUCCUCCUCCUCUGUCUACAUUGUCCUUGGAGAACUCAGCAGGAAAGAGGAUGGGGCAAAAACUAGAAUUACCGUAUUUUUUGCUCCAUAAGAUGCAUCUUUUCCCUCCUAAAAAGUAAGGGGAAAUGUGUAUGCGUCUUAUGGAGCGAAUGCAGGCAGGAGGCUCUGCUCAGCGCUCCCUUUAAAGAGCCGCACGGAGCAUGUGUGCAGCUUUCGGGGGCUUUUCCCCGAGAAGGGAGAAGGGACUGACGGGCUGCCCUCUGUCCCUUUCCACACCUCCUGGAAAAGUAAGCAAGAGACGCUGCCGGGCUCUGCUCAACGCUUCCUUGUAAGGGCUCCCUUUCAUCCCUCAUCCCGCUUUGCUGGGAAGCCAGCAGAACAAGAGGUGCUGCGCAGCUAUCGCUCUUGCUCUGCUGGCUUCAGCAAGAGCUGCACAGCUUGCUCUGCUGGCUUCUCAGCGAAGCGGGAGGAGGGACGGAAGGGUUUAAAGCAAGAAAAGCAAGAGCUGCUUACAUGCUCUGUGCAGAAUAUUUUUUUUCUUGCUUUCCCCCUCUAAAAACUAGGUGUGUCUUAUGGUCAGGUGAGUCUUAUGGAGCGAAAAAUACGGUAGUUGAUUUUGUCAUUGGCUCGGGCUCCAUCUACUGUUGAUCUCGUGGCCUACCGCCCCACCCACGUCAAUGGGCACCAGCCACCACUGUGCUCUCCCACCACCCCAUCUUAUUGGCAAGAAAGGCUCUGGGCUUAAUAAGAGGAGUCCCAUGGUAAUCAACCUCAACCCAGUUAGCUCCACCUCUCUGUCUGUUCAAGGUCCCAGAUAUAUUAUGUGUUCGAGAUGUAAAAUUUCCUGUCUAGGUUAGCACUGCUGAAGGUGGGAGGCAGCACUUUGGAAUGGCAAACUCUGUGGCUGGAUCUCUGUUCAUCAUUUGAUGCUCUUCCUCUCCUUGUCACUUCCCCCCAGGGCAGAACGCCUGCACGCCUCUGAUAGACCCAUUCGGCACAGAGAGUUGGCAAGUUUCCGCAUCGCUCCAGCAUCUUAUAUGUGAGUCGGCACAUAUAAUGUGGGCUCAGCCUUUUGGAUGGUGGUGGGAAUCCCUGUAUAGCAAGAUGGAGUUUGGAAGUGUGUUCUCGGGGUGGGGGUGGCGUGAUGUAGUUGGGUAAUUUUGGACCCUGGACUUCGUGGCUAUAGGGAGGGACCCUUUUAGAUGGCUGUGUGUGCGUUACCACAUUGACUAAUGUAGGGAUGGCCACCAAAGUGGUCAGCUUUAAAGAGGAUUAGACAAACCCAUGGACGAUAAGGCUGUUAAUGGUCAUUAGCUAUGAUGGCAAUGUUCCGUCCACUCUGUCGAAGGCCAUAUUCAUCUGAAAACCCAGCUGCUGGGAAUCAGAACUGGUACCGUAUUUUUCGCUCUAUAAGACGCACCAGGCCACAGUUUUUGGAGGAGGAAAACAAGAAAAAAAAUAUUCUGAAUCUCAGAAGCCAGAACAGCAAGAGGGAUCGCUGCGCAGUGAAAACAUCAAUCCCUCUUGCUGUUUUGGCUUCUGGGAUAGAUGCGCAGCCUGCAUUCGCUCCAUAAGACGCACACACAUUUCCCCUUACUUUUUAGGAGGGAAAAAGUGAGUCUUAUAGAGCAAAAAAUACGGUAAGUGCCCUGUUGCACUUGUGGCCUUCUCAUAAACAUCUGCUUAUCCACAGUGAGAACAGGAUACUGGGACUAGAAGGCCUUUUUGCCUGAUCCAACAGGGUUCAGUCAUGAAGCACAAAAUCAACCUUUAUAUUCUCUGUUCCCAUCACUAUUCCAUGCUCUACAACUGCUCCAUGUUAGAGCAAAGCAAACAAAUUAAAAAGGAAUGCAAACAUUUUUCAAACUCCAAUUUAAGAAAAUACACACUGAGCAUAUACUGUACAGCUUCACAUUUUAAACUGACUUGGAUCAUAGGACCAUCUUGACUACAGGGAAGAUACAGAACUUGCAUUUGCUGAACACAUUUAAGUGGGAAUAAAUCCCGUUUUGUGGUAGAAAUGGAUUCGCAUGUUUUUUAAAAGAAAAUAAUAAUAAAAUUAGUAUCUGUAACCCUGUACAUGCCUGAUCAGCUCACCCCUGGCUAUAAAAUGUUUUUAAUGAUGAUAAAAAGUAGUAGUAGCAGCAGCAGCAGCAGCAAGAAAGGAUGGUGUGGUGGCCAGGAUGAGCCCCAGGUGCCGGUGCUGGGCCAGUUUGCUGCCAUCAUCUGCCACACUUAAGAGUGGUCAUUUGGGGGCACCUCGAGUUGCACCACUGGUGUUGAGUCUCAGAGUGCGUUCACUUUCCCACCUUAGUGGUCAGUGAAGCUGGUCUCCCCUCCCCUUCGUCUUCACCCUAGGCAAAAGUGUCCACACCUUGGCCAUAGACCAAUCAGGCACAGUUUAAGGACUUUAAUCUGUGUGAAGCUGGUUUGAGAAACAGCUGCAUCCGACAGUGAUAUUUUAUAACAGGAUUAAUGCCUGUUUUAGAUAAUGUGUGAAUAUGGAUUAAAUACCCAGCACUGGAAAAGCAGUAGGUACACGGUAAGCGGGAGUGUGAGCCCAGCCUUUAUCGCUGGAGGCCCUUCUCCAAAUCAGAUUAUGGUUGAAGACGAGCACUGUUUUGGAGGUGCGAGCAGGGCGAUUUGUCUCUUGAAAUAAAAUGUCACGGGGAGGAAACAGAAAGGUGGGGGGCUCUCCUUCAUCAGAGGCUUUUAAAAAGCAGAAGCUGGAUGACCACCUAUCAGGGAUGCUGUAGCACUAGGGUCCCUGGAUUGUCCGGCGGUUGAAUCCAGUGACCUCUGGGGUCAUCUGUAAAGCUGCAUUCACCUAUCCUCCAAUACACCGUCCUGCUUUCCCCCUCCACUGGAUGUCCUCCUCUUCUGUCUCUCUGCCAGCCAUGCAUCGAGCCUUUGUGGUCCUGCUGCCUCUCAGCCUCGUCUUGAUCGUCUUUGGCUGGAUCUGUGGGGUCAUCGGUUCCUUGGUCCAGAGCUCCCGCCUUUUGCUCUUCACAGGCUGCUAUUUUCUGCUGGGUGGUGAGUGAAGCUAUGUCUUUGGAGGGGGGGAAACCAGGUUUUCUUUCUUUAUCAGUCCCUCUCUCCCCACCCCCCGUAACAUGGCAAAAUGUCAUUAAACACUUGCUCUCAGGGAAUACUUAGCAGAUUCUGUCUUAGCGCCAUCAGGUCACAGCUGCCCCUUGGGGAGACCAAGGUGCAAAGGAGUGUGCUGUGGUCUUGGUGCUACGGGAACCACAUAUUGUCUCAUCAUCGACUCCUGACCUGUCCUCACCGCCUUUCCCCUUCCUUGAAGGCAGAAAAAGCAGGACUCUUGACUGCUCAGAACAGCAGAUGAGCCUACCCAGAAUCCUUUGCAGAAGGGAUGGGGGGACUUGGUGUUAGGAGCUCAGCAUAUACUCGAGUAGGACCCUGGCAGAGACAGAUGCCCGACUGGCAUGUUCCCUCCCUCCUGGUCGAUCAUUUGGGAGCUUCAAAAGCUUUCUUCAGCCCGAACAUCACAGCGACCGAUGCCAACUGACACCGGCACAUUAGGGAUCCACAGAGUUUGCGCAUCAUGCGUAACAGACCUCAGCAACUCAGCCUUUUGGCUAAUUACUUUAUUUACAUAUAAACAUACACGGAGCACUGCAACUUGGCUCCCUCUCUCUCUAGCAUCAGACAGCAAAGAGAAAAAGAACAAAGAACAAUAGUCCCACUUCACGGAACACAGUAACACAAACAUCCUGUCUCCGUCACUUCCUACUCUGUGGAGUCAAAACAUACACCGUCAUGUGAUGGACAACAAUCCCAUGACUGCAAUCACGGAGCAGGAAUUCUAACACCUGAUGGUUUCCAACUCUUGUCAGCUCCUAGCCACUAAGAUGGGAACUGAAGUCCAAGCGCACCUGGAGGGCCACAGGUCCUUCAUCUCUGCUUUGCAAGCGUCAGGGUUUAGCACUUGAUCCAAGCUGACUUACACUGGGACAAGGAAAGUUCUUUGGCUGGUGGAACCGCUCUCCUUGCAGGCCCCAUGUGGGCAUGGGUGGUCUGACGGUCAAGUAGAUACAAAAGCUAAUCUCUACUUGCUAUCCUUCAUGCCACUUGUUCGAGAACUGACUGCAGACUGGAUUCCUGAUGAUGUUUUAUUGUUAACACAGCUCUGUCUUACAAGACAUGUGGAGGUUGGGGAACCCUAGCUCAGUGGUAGGACAAAUGAGGGUGUCCCAGAUGCAGCCACUGGCCUCUCCCAUUAAAAGGGUCAGGUGAUGUGAAAGCAGCAGAGGUUUAGCAUCAAGAGUUAUCCUUUUCCUAGAGGGGCCUUCUCUGUAGUGGGGCCCGCCCUGUGGAACACCCUCCCACCAGAUGUCAAGGAAAUAAACAACUAUCUGAUUUUUAGAAGACAUCUGAAGGCAACCUUGUUUGGGGAAGUUUUUAAUGUUUGAUGUUUUAUAGUGUUUUUAAUAUUCUGUUGGGAGCCGCCCAGAGUGGCUGGGGAAGCCCAGCCAGGUGGAUGGUGUGUAAAUAAUAAACAUUAUAAUUAUUAUGGCUACCUUCCCAGGUUAAUGAGCCAAAUCUGCAUAUAGAUUCAAUCGCACCCCACUAAAAAAAACAUGAGAAUAUUGUAUCAUUCAAUAUUAUUCGGAGCAUCCAUCAUGUGAAUAAAUCCAGCUAUUUUAAUUGUGAUGAUGAUUCACAACAACAAUAUUUACCCUACUGCCUCUGACUAAUAAUAAUAAUAAUAAUAAUAAUAAUUUAUUAUUUAUACCCCGCCCAUCUGGCUGGAUUUCCCCAGCCACUCUGGGCAGCUUCCAACAAAACACUAAAAUACAAUAACCUAUUAAACAUUAAAAGCUUCCCUAAACAGGGCUGCCUUCAGAUGUCUUCUAAAAGUUUGGUAGUUAUUUUUCUCUUUGACAUCUGGUGGGAGGGAGUUCCACAGGGCGGGUGCCACUACCGAGAAGGCCCUCUGCCUGGUUCCCUGUAACUUGGCUUCUCGCAGUGAGGGAACCGCCAGAAGGCCCUCGGCACUGGACCUCAGUGUCCAGGCAGAACGAUGGAGGUGGAGACGCUCCUUCAGGUAUACUGGACCGAGGCUGUUUAGGGCUUUAAAAGUCAGCACCAACACUUUGAAUUGUGCUCAGAAACUUACUGGGAUGCUCCUUUGAGUUAUCAUGGUUAGGAGCAGUGUGGCAUGAGCCCUGAUCGGGGGCAGUGUCUGCUACAGGACUGGCACUGACCCGUCCCCUUUCCCCCUCCCCCCAGCACUGCUGACCCUGUCGGGAACCAGCACCUACAUCUGCUACUCCAGCGCAGCCUUCGCCGAGACAGUGCGCAUGUUUGACCAGCAGCGCUUCGAGCACGUCCGCAUCGCCUUUGGCUGGUCCCUGGCCCUUGCCUGGCUCUCUUUUGGCACCGAGGGGUUGGCCAGCAUCCUGCUCCUCCUGGCCGCUCAGGGGCUCCGCCUGAAGCCGGAUGCCUGUGCGGUGUUCAUCUGA